GGAAGGGAGGAGGAGGACCGACCUGUCUGUCUGUCGACCCAUCCGUCUGUUGAGCCGUCUGUCUGACGCCGGGCUGCGGAAGUGUGAUGUGAUCUAACGUCAGCCAACUAGGAAGUGCGACUACACCUUUAAGCGAAAGGAAACGAAACAAGGAGCAAUCAGCGGUAUCGCCGCUGGGUCACGUAGUUAGCUAGUUCACUGGGCGUACAUGGGAUGUCGAAAUGGUGUUUUUUAAACUAAUCCUCGUGUUUUGCUGCCUCCGAGACAUUACAGGUCAGUUUGGAAACCCCUUGGACAAAUAUAUUCGCCAUUAUGAGGGUUUAUCGUACGACACAGAAGCUCUGCACAACAGUCACCAGAGAGCCAAGCGGGCACUGUCCCCUCAAGACAAGACUGUGCACUUGGACUUCCAUGCACAUGGAAGACAUUUUAACUUGAAGAUGAAGAGAGAUACAUCUAUAUUUUCUCCAGACCUCAUCAUUGAGAUGUCGGGAGAGGAGACGCCUAUAGAAACGUCACAUAUCUACAGUGGAGAACUCUUUGGGGAAAAGGGCACACUGACCCACGGCUCUGUGGUCGAUGGCCGCUUUGAGGGCUUCAUUAAAACUCACCAAGGAACAUACUAUGUCGAACCCUCCGAGAGGUACCUAAAGAACACAAACGUGCCGUUCCACUCCGUCAUCUAUCAUGAGGAUGACAUCAAUUAUCCUCAUAAGUAUGGCUCAGAAGGCGGCUGCGCUGACAACUCAGUGUUGGAGAGAAUGAGGAAGUACCAGAACACUGCCGUACAAGACCCAGUGAAAGAUGGGUACAGCGUGUCGAGUGAGGCGGAGCGCUCCGACGGUCCUGUUAUUCUGAGGAGAAAAAGGGCAGCGGCGAAAGAGAAGAACACUUGCCAACUCUUCAUCCAGACGGACCACCUCUUCUUCAAAUACUACGGCACGAGAGAAGCGGUCAUUGCCCAAAUAUCCAGCCACGUAAAGGCCAUUGACUCGAUUUACCAGGCCACAGACUUCCUCGGCAUUCGAAAUAUCAGCUUCAUGGUUAAAAGGAUCAGGAUAAACUCCACCACCGAUGAAAAAGACUCAAGCAAUCCUUUCCGCUUUGCCAACAUCGGAGUGGAGAAGUUUUUGGAGCUUAACUCUGAGCAGAACCACGAUGACUACUGCCUCGCCUACGUCUUCUCUGACAGGGACUUUGAUGAUGGGGUGCUCGGCUUGGCUUGGGUCGGGGCUCCUUCAGGAAGCUCUGGGGGCAUCUGUGAAAAGAGCAAACUUUACUCUGAUGGGAAGAGAAAGUCUCUGAACACUGGUAUCAUCACUGUGCAGAACUACGCCUCCCAUGUCCCUCCCAAGGUGUCCCACAUUACUUUUGCUCAUGAGGUUGGGCAUAACUUUGGCUCUCCUCAUGACUCUGGCAUCGAAUGCACCCCUGGAGAGUCUAAGAUGCAGAACAACAAGGAGCAGGGCAACUACAUCAUGUACGCCAGAGCCACAUCAGGGGACAAACUCAACAAUAACAAGUUCUCUAUCUGCAGCAUCCGCAAUAUUAGCGCUGUUCUGACAAAGAAGAGAAAUGACUGUUUUGUUGAGUCUGGUCAGCCUAUCUGUGGCAAUGGACUAGUGGAAGAAGGAGAAGAGUGUGACUGCGGCUACAGUGAUCAGUGUAAAGACCCCUGCUGCUACAAUGCCAAUGAAGGGGAGGGCAAAAAGUGCAAGCUCCAACCGGGCAAAAUCUGCAGUCCCAGCCAAGGCCCAUGUUGCACACCACAGUGUGGUUACAAGGGAAGGAGUGAAAAAUGCAGAACGGAGUCCGAGUGCGCCCAGGAGGGCAGGUGCAACGGCGCUACUGCUCAAUGUCCUACCUCAGAACCAAAGGCAAACUUUACCUCCUGCCACAGCGAAACACAAGUCUGCCUCAAUGGGGUAUGCUCUGGUUCCAUUUGUGAAAAAUAUGGUCUGGAGGUAUGCACCUGUGCCAGCCGAGAAGGCCAGGAUGAGGCAGCUGAACUGUGCCACGUGUGCUGCAUGAAUAAAAUGAGUCCCACCACCUGCAGCAGUACAGGCUCUGACAAAUGGGUCCAAUUCUUCAACAAGACAACCACAACGCUGCAGCCCGGUUCCCCCUGCAAUGACUUUAAGGGCUACUGUGACGUGUUCACGAGGUGUCGUCUGGUGGACGCUGACGGGCCUCUUGCCAGACUGAAGAAAGCCAUUUUCAAUGCAGAGCUCUAUGAAGAUAUUGCAGAGUGGAUAGUGGCUCACUGGUGGGCAGUGCUGUUGAUGGGCAUUGCUCUUAUUAUGCUGAUGGCUGGCUUCAUCAAAAUCUGCAGCGUUCACACCCCCAGCAGCAACCCCAAACUGCCCCCGCCAAAGCCACUGCCAGGUACCCUGAAGAGGAGAAGGCAGCAACAGGCAAACCAACAGGCACAACGGCCCCAACGUCAGCAGAGAGAGAACUAUCAAAUGGGACAGAUGAGACGCUGAGUCGCUGAGACUCCGGUCGGCUCUUUGCCUUGUUUCUUCCGUGUGCCUACAGUAUGAGCACUGCAGUCCAAAGAGUUACCUUUUACCACCUAUUGCAGAAUUCAAAGAACUUGCAACUGGAUCUAUUUCACUGGACAAAGCCCAACAUGUCUGGUUGGGCUUAGCAAACUCACUCAGCUUUUUUUAUAGGAAAUAAAUAACUACCUUUUCCAAGGAGAGACAGUAGGAUGAAUUCACUGACCUUUGUUAUGUGGUUUUAAACUUUGGAUGCUUUUUUUUUUUACCAGUAAAGUCAAGCAGCUUUGUUCUAGAGUCCCUCCACUGUUCAUCUAUGCCACCUUUCCUCAUCCCGUUCUUCCUCUCCGCUAAGUGCUGCCUUCAUCGGUCCGAUGGCAGCACUGCAAGUCGCUUUGGUAUUUACUGCUAACGAAAACAGCAUUCGGUUGGGAGAAAACUUUUUUGCCAGUCUAAUUUGAGCUUUAUAUUUCAAAAACAUUUUCCUACAUUGUGCAAUUGUACAGGUGUUGCAGUAGUUUUUUUUAAAGAUUAUUUACUGUUUUAAUUCCCUUUCUCAGGAUGAAUACAACAACAGCAUACAAGUGUAUUGAGUGGAAAAGACUACUGCAUGCUUAUUUCAGGGUACAAUCCCUCCUGGCUGAAGCCUGCACCGAAGGGUUCAUGUUGGCGGCUGUGGGAUCCAGAGGCCAUCUUCUAUGAAAAGAAUUAAGAUAAAUGAGUUUAAUAUAAUUAAAGUGUCCCUGUUAUCUUAUGGGGGGGGGGGGGAUUAUCUGGAUGUGUAUAUGAAUAGUUAUGGAGCUGCGUUUACAUAAAACUCUAGUCUUUGUUCCACAGAGUAUGUCUUCAUUCAGAUGGGUGGUGUUCCAACAAAACAGAGAAUGACUUUAAACUUUGAGGACAAAAAAAAGCCUGUGCAAGUUAUUAGAAUAAUUGUCCUGCCCAUAUUUCCACUUGUUCUGUCCACUUUAUGAAAUGACAGAAUCCGUAAAAACCACUGGACAGCGGUUUGAAUCCUCUCAGCCUCUGUUGCCAGAUGUGUAACCUGUCUGGUUAAAAUGUGAUUUUAGCUUUUAUUGAUUACACUUGCAGUUCAGAUUAUUUGUGUAUUUGGGGGAAUUGAAUCAAUUAAGGAAAAAUAUAUAGCUUCGGAUUUUAUUGUUGCUGCUGUUAGCAAACAAUCAUUAUUUGUCUGCGAUCCACUGACUUUUCCUACUGACAGAGAUUUUCUCUUAAGAACAUUGUUUCCCUUGUUUCACCUGCUUGGUUUAUGUAAUUGCGUUAAAAUGUGCCUACUAUGAGAAGUCUGACUGAAGUUGGUGAACUAGUGCUCUUUACCAAGGCUGUAAUCAUAUAUGCACUGUUAUCAGUCUGCACUGCUUGGCAAUGUGUAAUGAUAAUUAUAAAUGUAAGUGACGAUUGAUAUACAUAAGAAUCGAAUGUUGCAAAAACACAUUUUCAUAUUCUACUCAAUUUAUGGUUUUACAUUUUUAUAGAUACUCGCAGACUAUAAAACAUGUCUGUAGUUUCUUCAAAUUAUUUGGGUUUUCUUUUAUUAUUUUCUGAUUGAGCAAGGACGCUUUUUUUGUUUUGGUAACCUGAGCACAGCUGUGUUUUUUUGCAAGAUGUAAAGAAGUUGCGUUAUUUAUCAGAUCGAUUCUAUGCAGAGUAUCACAGAGCUGUGAACAAGUUAGCCUCUUCACAAAGAAAUGCCUUCAAUGUUUUCUUCUAAAUGGGCACAUUAAUUAUUCAGUUUGUUUGUUUCAUAUGAAACUAGUUACUUGUGUUUUAUGUGCUGCAGCAACGUUUUUGAACAAAGAAACAUGCAAUCCGUUGUUGCUUCUUUUACCGAUUUUGUUUGUAUUUCUGGUGCUAUUGGUAAUGCUUGUUCUUGGGUUGGCGCUUGAACUAUAUUUUUUGUUUUUGGCAAGUUUUAAAGCUUUUUGGGUGUGUGUAUGUGAGAGAGAGUUAAAGAGUGAGUUUAUUUGCUAAAUCAUCCUUAUCCAAUUUAUUGACAAUAUUGAGUAUUGGGGUUUAAUACUCUGGGAUUCUUUCUUUUGUGAUGCUAUGAUGUUGAGAAAAUGUGCACUGAAGUGUAAUUGGUAUAAAGGAAUAGUCCCAAUCGGUAUAGAUUCAGUACUACUGUCUGAUUUUAAUGUAUCCUGUGUCUUAUACAGUUUCUUUGCUGGUCUUUUAGUUUUUCUUUUACAUCUGUUAAGUCUGUUUCCCGUUGUGCUUAUUUUGAAAAUUGUACUUAAUUCGCAAAGUGCAAAAGUAUGAUAAUUUGAAUUACUUGAAAUGCAUUAAUAAACAGAGUUGAUAAAAUGUU